CCGGGUGGGGGGAGCGCGGGAGGGAGUGAAGUGGCGGGGUGGGACUCGGCUCUCUCUCCUCCGCCCCUCUCCUCCUCCGUCUACAUCAGCCAGGCGUGAGGGGCGAGGGGGUGGGAGAGAGAGAGAGAGAGCGAGAGGCGAGAGCCGGGAAAGGAGGCAGCUACUCACUUUGCCAGCACUUUGCAACUCUCUCCCUGCCUGAGGCAGCCUCUUUUCCCGCGCGGCAAGCCGGCCUGGCACGCUGUGCCCUGCCCCGGGGCUCCAUCGACGUGCGCGCCGCAGGGCCGCUGGAAAGGCUUCGGGAAUCCGGCGGGGAAGAACCGCGGGCGUCUUUUUAGGGGCAGCCAAAAGAGGAGGAGGAGGAGUGACCGGCCGCUCUCUCCCUGGGGAACACCCUCACGCCUGACCUCCCGUACCCCGGGCGACUUGGAGCAGACUCGCGAGCGGCUGCAGGGCGUGGAGAGAGCCUCCCGGCUGCGAGAGGAACUUGCAGGCAAAGGUGGAGGGCAAGAGCGAGCGAGCGAGCGGACAGAAAGCUUCUGGAGCGGAUGGUCGUGGGCGGCGGUCACUCGUCGUAGUGGAGAAAGCCGUCAGGAGCGACGCGGGACCUUCCCGGGAAGGAGGCGGCGUGGACUCCGAGGCAGCCGGGACAACCUCUCCUGAAAAAGAUAAACUAAUCCCAGACGCUGCUUUCCAUAACGCUGAGGAACCACAGGACAAGGAAAGUUUCAUUUUCCCUCCGUGGGGGAACUUUCUCUGUCAAACUGUUGAAAAAUAGAUUCUUUUCCCAUGGAUAAAAUUCUCACAUUGUCUCAAAAUAUAUGGGAACUGCUGCACCGCUUGAGGAUGAAGAGCAAGUACGCCAUUCUUCUCAUCUUUGUAGUAGCCCUUGUCGUAAUUGAGAAGGAGAACAACAUCAUCUCAAGGGUUUCAGACAAACUGAAGCAGUCUCCACAGUCCCUGCCAGAAGCCAAUAGCACUGAUUCUGGAUUGAUGCUGCCAGAGAAUGGCUCCCUCUUGUCACUGAGCUCACUGGACUUGGCCUUCUCCCAGCUUAAGCACCGGUUGCAGAACCUCACUUUGCAGCUUGGUAGCACUCUGCUGGCCCCCACUAAAAGGACACGAAAACAUGUUCUCCUAAUGGCCACCACACGUACUGGCUCUUCCUUUGUAGGGGAAUUCUUCAACCAGCAGGGCAACAUUUUCUAUCUCUUUGAGCCACUGUGGCAUAUAGAAAGGACAGUAUCUUUUGAAUCCGGGGGUGCUAAUGCAGUGGGAUCGGCCCUUGUCUACAGAGAUGUUUUGAAGCAGCUGUUCCUCUGUGAUCUUUACAUUUUGGAAAACUUCAUCAUCCCAUUUCCAGAGGAUCACCUGACUCAAUUUUUGUUUCGCCGUGGUUCGAGUCGCUCUUUGUGUGAGGAGCCUGUUUGCACCCCCUUCGUCAGGAAGGUCUUUGAGAAGUACCACUGCAAAAACCGCCGCUGUGGCCCCCUGAAUGUGACUCUGGCAGUGGAAUCUUGCCUGCAGAAGGAGCACUUGGCCCUUAAGGCUGUCCGAAUUCGACAACUCGAAUUCUUGCGUCCAUUAGCUGAAGAUCCCCGCCUGGACUUGAGGAUAAUUCAGUUGGUACGGGAUCCUCGUGCGGUGCUGGCCUCCCGCAUGGUGGCUUUUUCGGGUAGGUAUGAAACCUGGAAGAAAUGGGCUAACGAAGGUGUAGCAACUCUGAAUGAGGAUGAGGUCCAGAGAUUGCGAGGCAACUGUGAAAACAUCCGACUCUCAGCUGAACUCGGUUUAAAGCAGCCAGCAUGGCUUCAAGGUCGCUACAUGCUGGUUCGCUAUGAGGACAUUGCCAGGUCUCCCCUCCAGAAAGCCAAGGAGAUGUAUAAAUUCACUGGCAUUGCUCUCACUACACAGGUGGAGGACUGGAUCCGGAAAAAUACACAGGCCCCUCAAGAUAGCAAUGGCAUCUACUCCACCCAGAAAAACUCCUCUGAACAAUUUGAGAAGUGGCGAUUCAGCAUCCCCUUCAAACUUGCCCAGGUGGUACAGAACGUCUGCACACCAGCCAUGAACCUGUUUGGCUACAAGUUGGCCAACAGUGCUGAGACUCUUACAAACAGAUCCAUCAGCUUGCUAGACGAGAGGAGGACUUUCUGGAUCACAUAAAAGGUUGACUUCAUUGGUGGAUUUUUUUUCAAUCAUAGCAUUCUGUGAAUUGAGAAAGAGAGAAUGCAAGAAUCUAUAUAUUGAGGAAGGAGCACAUGGGCAGGAAGUGUUGGGGGAGAAGCCAUCUUUGGUUGUUUUGCUUCCACUUGUCUUGACCGUUCAAGAGCUUUUGGCUUUAUCUGAAAGCAAGCAUCACUUUCUGGCAUAUUUGACAUUUCCAGGUGGAUUAUAAUGGGACCACAGACACUGGCAUAAGGAAGCAUUCUGAAGCUAUCACAGAGUAGAAGAUUAAACCCUGCUUCCCUACCUCAUGUCCACAUCCUUUCUCUUGGAAAUGUUGUCUCUCACCUUCACCAAACAUCCAAAGAGAGUGAAUGUUUUAUAUUUAAAAUAAAUUUAUCACCUGGAAGAAAAACAUGGGCUUCUCAACCUGCAGAGAAGCUGUGAGAGAAGCAGAAUGUUGCACUGAUCUCAUCUAAGGCAGCCUUAAGGAAUCUGUCAACCAGAUAUUUGGGAAGGGAAGGAAAAAAAUUUAUUUAGCACAACUGACAGCGAGAAAGCUGACUCUCCAUGUGUAGACAGAGCAUGUUUUGUACACAUUCUCCCUAAAAUCCUCAGAUAAAUUGGGGCCUUGCUUAAACUGAGGAGGUGUUACUGGGGAAGAGAGAUGCAUGGCAUAGAACAGAAGUGGCUCUACCUAUAAGUGUAAGGAGACUUUGGGCUACACACAGUUUUAUGCACUUAAUAUUGUUUUUAUCCUGCCAACUCACUCAGUGCUUUGAGAGAUUUAAAGCAAACCAGCAAUGAAAUAUUCUAAGAGAAACAAACUGGAACAAUAGUCAUCUUCCAUCUGUGGACAUGAACUUUUCCUUGUUGUGCUUUCUUUUGUCUGCUUUUCUUGCUUAUCUCUGAAUCAGUUGCACCAACCUUCAUCUGAUGUCUGGGAUACUAAAGUGAAGAGAAUGCUGCUUUCUCAUCCAAUGAAAGAAAGUUGUGGCUUUAAUUGUAUUUUGACUUGGUCAAGAGGAAGGCAACAAAAAUGACAGAAACAGAAACAGGCUCUCUGGUUGCCAAUCUAAAAUUCCUCUGACUAAUUUUUGUUUAAGAGUUUUGGUUGUUAUAUUCAUUAUCUGUUUCCAGUGCUGGAUCUAGCAGCAAACAUCUAAUGAAUUUUACUUAGCUGUUCAUCAGAAGCACUUAACAUGGUAGAAGGUAUAACCUGACUGUGAAUUUGAUAUUUCAUCCCACAGUGGAAACCAUAUCGGGAUUCUGAUUAAAAAAAAAAAGGACUCACUUGGGGGCAAUUCAAUCUGGUUUUCUCUGCACCUGGAUUCCCAGGAAUUUUGUUGGAAUGGUAACAUUUUCAACACAUUCAAUUUUGGGAAAUGUUGACAUGGAUUAUCACGCCUCACUUUGAAUUAAUAAAUGGAUAGAUUAAUAUCAGGGACUGAACAGACAUAUAACCAUAAAGAAUGGUAGUUUCAUUAACAAUCAGAGUCAAGUGUGAUUGUCUGGCAGUGCUAAUUUAACACCUAACCAAACACCCCACCCUCCACCCCCCAUUUUCUUAUCUGUAGUGAGAAGAUUUAAUGCUCCAGCUGUUUUUGUUGAACAAAACAAAAAAGACAGUCAUUUAAAUAACUACUACUUUUCUUCUUUUCCAUGGAGCACUGCAGUGAAUAAGCGACCACAUUUGUUUUGAUCCAGUCAAAGUAACAGAGAUCAAUAUGACCAUCAUUUGGUUUCAUGGCACUGUCUGAGCAGGAAUGAGCUUUGAUGUGUCAAUAUUAUGUGUCAAGAGUAUGCCUUUCCUCUCUUGUUUCCUGCAAGAAAGAGUACCAGUUUCCAAACAGCAUAUGAUAAUGCAGGUUUAACUCUGAAUAAACAGUUCUGAUAUACCAUUAGCUUCCUCCAAGGUGCUGGCCAAAAUUAGAACUUUAAGGCUGUAUAGCCCCACUGGAUGUCUGAAUUGCAGACAAAGCUGGAUUGUCUAUAAACAAAGUUAUCAAGAAGAAAAAAAAAGAUGGAGCAUCAGCUAACAUUCCCACAAGUGAUUCCAGUUACACUUAUGAUUUGCUUUUCCAGUUUAAUAUUUCACUCGUGGUAUUUCAACUGGUGCCAUGAUUACAUGAUUCAUAGUGUGUCAACUUACCCUCAAAUAUAACUCAUAGCAGUCUUUCAGUUAGUUGUCCCAUCUCGGUUAACCCAUUGCCAAAGAUGCACCGUCCCCUUGCACCACAUGGAUGCUCUUGCACAUACCUUUUUGUCUCCGACAAGCCUUUUCAUAUCCCUCUGUAACCUUGGAUAAGCUGUUUCAGAACUAUAUCCAAUUCUCUUAAUGGAAGUGUAUUGAAAAAUUCUGACUAUCCUCCAGAAACAUUCUGUAUUUACUACGCUGUAGUGUUUUCCUUUUGCAGUGGACUGUUCUUACCUUUCUCUCCUUAGUGGUGAUGGUGGUAGAGCUGCAAAAUGUAUCUUAAUUUUGUUAUGAUUAUUUAUGUGAAAGAGCUAGGACUGGAUAGAGAAAGCCACAACCUCUUGCCUUAUUUUGAACUUUCUAUUCUUUUCUUUUUGAAAACUGUGAACUCUGCAGUUCAUUAAUUUAUUUAUUGUAUGGAGAAGAUAACAGUUGCUUUCUUAGAAGGAAUCAAAACUGCACAAAAAUAAAAAC